AUGAAGCCUGUGUCAAUUUUAACCUUUCCCUGGGUGGAGUUAGGCGGUAAAGUGAACAUCACGUGUGCCAAGACAGGAUACAACGCGUCUGUGACGUUUCACACGAAACCGUUUUAUGGCGGGAAACUUCAUCGAGUCACUGGCGAAGUGAAAAACACGUCAUCUGGAAAAGUUAUCUGUAAAGUUAAUGGAGAGUGGAACGGCCACAUAGAACUGAACUUCACCAGUCAUCAGGAAGAACCAAAGGUAAUCAACACAGAGGCACUUCAGGUUUGUCGAAAGCGUGUCUGUCCCCAGUCAAAACAAGACGAGUUCGAGUCUCGCCGGUUAUGGCACAGAGUCACGCAUGCGCUGAAGAGUGAUGACAUCGAUUCGGCUACGUCAGCGAAACACGAGCUCGAAGAAAGACAAAGAAUAGAAGCGAGAGAAAGGAAAGAGACUGGUGUCGAGUGGAAAACAAAAUUAUUUCAUCGCCAUGGUGAUGGGUGGAUGUAUAACCAUCACAUGAAAACGUUAGUCAAAUCCAGUUUAGAAGAGGCUACUUCGACUACAACUCAACCAACAGAGCAAUGAGAAACAACCUGCAAAGCCAUUAGAAAAAUAACCGGCAAGCAUCGCAUCGGUUCUAGGAUCACCUCCUUUUUAGCGAGGAAAACAGAUAUUUAAGAAAAUACCACGCCGUCCAAUAAUGAAAUAUAAUUUAUUGCUGCCGAUCACAAGUGGUUGAUUUUAUCAAGCGGAUGACAUACCCCAAGGAUAACGAGUUUGUGUCGUCUGGAAGAGUUGGACACCACUCUGUUUCGGCUGGGAAGUGGAGGAGGCUUUUAGACAGUUUUAAAAAGUGAUAAACCUGAUAGAUUUCUUUGUACAUCAUGCGGUUAUUUACUUUAUUUAAUUGAAAAAAUAGUGAUCUGAAUGACAGGUUCUCGGACGUUUGCGAUUUGGUGUUUGGGUAACCGAUUAGAAAAACGUGUUUGAAAGGUAUCUCUAAAGGCUGCCUGAACUGUUAUCGCCUGUCUCACGCUGUAGUCUCUUCCAUUGUAAAACGCGUCGUUUCAGCUGCAAACUGCGUUUCUUCAGGUAUUAAGGUCGACUGGGUUCGUGUCACCUGCUCUGCUGUUAUUGGGUGGUAUUCAAUACCUGCAAUUGGCGGCACACCUGGCGAUUUUAUUCGCCGAUCGCGGAGAAUUUGAUCGCCGCGAUCGGCGUAUAAAAUCGCUGAUAUCUGGCAUGUCAGAUAUCGGCGAUUUUAUACGUCGAUCAGGGAAAAUCGAAAUCGCCGCACUGGACACACCUGGCAAUUUUCGCCGAUCGCUGCGAUUGGCGUAGAAAGUCGCCAGGUAUGUCGCCGGCUUUAGCGAUCACAUCGUUCCUCAUCGGAAGUGACCGAAUCGCGAGACGAACGCUAACAGUUCAUAACAGUAACCUUUUUUACGAUGCUUAUCUUUUGUUAAAGGUGAUUUCGACAAUUUCUUUAGAGGAGUAACCAACCUUUCCCAUAGUUUAUUGCGAUUUUUAAAAUGGGCGAGCUCAGCUGAACGUAAACAAGUAUAUUUUUCAAACUCAGAAUCAAGCUCUAACAGAAAUUUUCUGAAACCUAAUGAGACUAGAGUAAGUAUGGAUGGGUUUGAUGAAAUUCUGCUCGAGUCACUGGAAUUUCAUAGUUUAUGCCGCAUAAAAUGGAGUAUAGUCCAUUGGAAAGAACAAAAUAUAAAAAUUGUCAUUUGUAAUGCU